AUGUCUUCAACUUACAGUGGCUUUGACGAUUUGGAUGGCGAUACAUCAUCCGAUAGCGGUUUCGAGAAGAGCUAUGAAAGUCCAUUGAAAUUCCCAACUCAUCAGGAUCCGGUUGUUAAACGUCUUGAUUUCGGCAUGCCGCACGAAACGUCAUCCUCGUGCAUUGUUUCGCCCAUUUUGCCGCCUGACCCUGUGACAGAAUUGGAUUUUACGCCCAAAUUAGGAGUUACAACAUCGACUCCCGUGAAAAAAUCGCCCAAAACCCCAAAGGAUCCAAAUCGACCAAAGCGCAAAUAUGCCCAAGGCAAGGCACGGAUCACACGAGCUCGAAGUCCAACGCAAGUGCAAAAGAUCAAGAAGCAUCGUCGAGCAAAAGCGAACGAUCGGGAACGCAUCCGAAUGCAUACCUUGAACGAUGCUUUGGAAAAAUUGCGAGUUUCGCUUCCAACGUUUCCCGAAGAUACAAAACUCACGAAAAUCGAGACGCUGCGGUAUGCGCACAAUUACAUCUUUGCCUUGGAACAGCUACUUGAGCACGGAAAAUCCUUCCAUCUCGACAUGGAAAAGCUCCAAAAUUUCUCGUUGAGCGGCGAUCGAUUCACGAAGGAGAGUUUCCAUGCGAUUUUCAUCGAUCCACAGCCGCAAUAUCAGGGCGCCUACACAAACUGCCAUUUUUAUGGCAACUACCAAAGUCCUUCGUAUCCGAAUAAUUUCGCAAAUAACAAUUUCGCCGCAAACCCAAGUACCUCACAGUACAGCGAAACCCCCUAUUUCAACGAACAAAAGUACGAAAUGUUCAACAAAGCCUUCGAAACAGCCUCGGGAGGCACAAAAUUGCAACAAUACCCAACGCCGUCGUGUUAUCAGGAACGCAUCACGUCGCCUUGUUACGCCGGCGCCGCAGGAACAUCCCAACUAAUGGACCAAACGACGUUCAAUAAUACCUCGGGAUAUUAUUCGCCAUCGUCAACGACGUCGGAGGAGACACAACUGCACUACAACUCGAGUUUCUUCACGCAUACGCCGCCAUGGAGGGAGCCAGCAACCGUAGAUGCGGGUUUUACGGGAUUUCCGAUCUAA